CGCAUUUCUGCACCCAUUCUCGCUUCAAUCGAAAGUCAACGACGACUCGGAGGCGAUUGUCUUUAUCUAUCGUCACUUUUUGUUAUGUAUGCGUCACCCGAGUUACUCUCCACGUGAUGAUCUGAAUGCACAUUUAGGUUUGGUGGCACAAAUUGCUGUGAACCAGAGAUAUUUUAUGUUCUCAACAGACCCCUUCGACCAGCAGUGCAAUGACCGAAACCCGAUUGAUUGAAGGAACCUCGGCAUCUGCGAUUGGAUCAGAUGUGUUAUUGAUUAGAUUAUGUUAUCGUACAGUAAUCACCACAUCAACAACUUUUCUCUACGCCCAAAAUGUCGGUAUACCCGUACAGCCAGCUUCUCUUCGCUGCAUCCACAGCAGUAGCUAUAACCGGCCCAGUCAUCCAGGUUUUCAACGCGAGGUAGGUAUAGUCGCCUCCUCCCUUAAAAGCGGACAAGGAUCUGACUCGGAGCUAAGCACAGGCAGUCUUGUCGCGAGCACAUCCGAGUCCUCGAAGAGCUCCCAAGGAGGCGAGGACAUCGUGGGUGGUUCUGAUGCCGGACCCAUCCGGAUGGCUGCGAUAAACGACGGCGCGACACAUCUCGCGACGGCUGCAGACGACAAGAAUCUCAGAGUAUGGAAGAUUGGCGCAUCGGGACUGGAGCUGCUCAGUGCACGCGAGCUGCCUAAAAGGCCGACGGCCUUGAAGUUCACGCGGGAUGGACAAACUAUACUGGCGUCUGACAAAUUCGGCGAUGUCUUUAGGUUGGUCGCUUUCGCGUCUUACCGCCGAUACAUCAUUGACUUCCGGGAUUUCAGCUACACCUUGGAACCUGUGUUGAUCCCCGAGCCGUUACCAGAAGAAAGACAGAAGUCGCGUGCAAUGUUGUCCCAUGACAAUCCGUCUGGAGGCACUCUCGUCCUGGGGCACGCAUCUUUCUUGACCUCAUUCACCCUUACCGCCGACGAGAGAUUCAUUGUAACUGCCGACCGAGAUGAGCACGUUCGCGUCAGCUGGUAUCCGGAGGGACACGUCGUCGAGCGAUAUUGUCUCGGGCACACCAAAUUUGUCUCCGCGGUGCACAUUCCUAUCUUCGCAUCGUCAGAACUCGUAUCAGGGGGUGGAGACUCAAGUUUGAGAGUGUGGGAUUGGAUGAGUGGCAAGCUUUUACGUGAGAUCCCCAUUCUCGACACAAUUGAGCCCUUCAUUCGAGUCUUUCCCGGCAAGAAAUCAAAGAGUCCGGAAGACGAUGAUGGAGAGGGCAACGCAGAUGGAAAGAAGAAAAAGAAGAAAGGACGGAAAGCGAAGGUCAAGGACCGGGCAGCGGCCAGAGAAAUCGCGAUCCUCGUCGACGAACAACCAGAAGACGAUUUGGAAGAGGAGGAAAAAGCUGAUGGGGCACUGGAUGAAUCCUCGAACGAAAAAGUCAAGGUUCUCGUUGUGCAGAGAAUCGAAUCUCUGCGGACUCCAGAGGGAGGAAACUAUCUAGUUUUCAGUGCUGUAGGUGCCACAGCCUUGUUCUUACACACUGGAGACUCAGUUCAACCCUUCGACUUUGGGCUGCCGGUGACCGAUUUCAACCUGGCCUCUGACGGCUCGAUUUGGGUGUGCUUGGACGUCUCAUGGUCAGAAGCUGGAUCGACGACUUCUGAUGCGCUGGUUCGCGCUGUGCGCGUCGUUGAUGGACGGCUGGUAGAAGUAGCUAUGACCGAUUCACAUCCUCUUCUUGUCGGUCUGAAUUCCGAAAUUUCCAGAAUUGGAGCUACACCAGCUGAGAUUGCAUCUCUGGAGCUUUACCUACCUCUGAUCGCGAUGCCGAAAAACACAGAAGAUUCGUCCGACCCGAUGGAUCGCACGCAGUUUGAGAGCAGUGCAAGCAAGAAGGAGCAGGCUCGCCUGAAAACUAAACAAGCAGUAGAACGAGCAGCCCAGAAUCAGGGCGAGGAAAAGGAGGAGCCAGAGACCAAACGAGCACGAUCACAGCAGGAUGAAGAUGUUGCCAUUCCGCCACAACACCCAAGCAAUGCAAAGCGGAUGGUAGCUGGCUUAUCUCUGAAUUCGGACUCGUACGAAAUGCAUUCGACAGCAAACCUUGGGACAGAGCGACAAGGUCUGCUGGAAGCUUCUGAGGAUGUGGACGUCGACCAGCCAGUCAUACCCUCGGCCGAAGGCUCCAGCAGGAUGAUGCUCCGACUCGGCCUCUCCUUCUUUCUCUUUGGUCUCAUCAACAAUGUUCUCUACGUCAUCAUUCUCUCGGCCGCGCUGGACCUCGUUCCGCCGUCGACGCCCAAAGGCAUCAUCGCGUUCUGCAAUAUCGCACCGGCGCUUGCUGCCAAGGUCGGAUGGCCGUAUGUACUGAAAGGGAAGAUAAGGUACACGACGCGGUUGGUCGGAUGCUGUGCCCUCAGUGCUGCCGGCAUGUUGGUUGUCGCCUUCUUUGAUAGCCUAUUCAUGCGUUUGCUCGGGAUCAGCCUGGCGUCAUUCUCGUCCGGCCUUGGUGAAUUGACUUUCUUACAACUCUCGACGACCUAUUCGCCUGCCUCUGUUGCUGGGCACAGCGUCGGAUACUUCGCCUCGGGCACUGGCGCAGCCGGCCUUGUCGGUGCUUUCCUUUGGUGGGAAGUACGAGGGCUUGGUGUGCGUGUUGGUGUCGGUAUGUCAUCGUUCAUGCCCUUGAUCAUUCCCGUGGCCUACUUCUUCCUGCUGCCAAAACCAGCGUCGUUCUCUGUUCCAUCGGCAUCUUAUUCUCCACUUGCUACAGACGAGAACGGCGAACAGCGAGAAGAGGAUGCCGUCAAACGACCUGUGGCUUUAUCUGCAGCUGAUAAAUGGCAACUGGUGCGACCCAUGCUAGUCAAGUACAUGCUUCCGCUAUGUGAGUGGUCACCGGAGAUAAACAGGCUUGUGCUCAUCCGUUCCCAAGUCUUUGUCUAUCUUUUUGAAUACACUAUUAAUCAAGGAAUCGCUCCUACCCUGCUCUAUCCAGUUCCCGAUCCAGAAACCCACUAUCUCCUGAGCAAGCUCAUCAAAUCCGUUCGCGACUAUUAUCCUCUGUGGCAGCUCGUGUAUCAAACGACUGUGUUUCUGUCGCGUUCCUCGAUCUCGAUUGGUAUUCCACCACUCCCUCCUCGAUACUUGUCGCUUCCUGCCAUCCUUCAAGCCUGCAUCUUCGCUGUUCUCGCUUGUGAAUCUGGUGUAGGGCUGUUCUCCGCAGACGUGGAUGAGUCUUGGAGUAUCACUCUCGUGUUCCUGCUUGUCAGCCUGGAAGGGAUUUGUGGUGGCUCUGCCUACGUCAAUGUGUUCUACCGAAUCAAUCAGGAAGACAGCUCUGGCGACGAGACGGAGUCCGAUCCUGAGCGCACUCGACAGGAGCGAGAAUUCAAGAUCGGGUCUGUCGGCUUCGCUGACUCCAGCGGUAUCUUGGCUGCGUCGCUGUUUGCCGUUCCGAUGGAAGUUGGAUUGUGUCGUGCCCAAGUGCAGCGAGGGAAGUUGCUGUCUUCUUGCGAUAAGGUGAGCAAUCGCCAGUGA